AUGUUUCAUUGCGUGUUACCUGAAGACAGAGACUCACUUCGCUUUCUGUGGUUUGAGAACAACACAUCACAACCCCUACAGACCUUACGAAUGACAGCUCAUAUCUUUGGAGGAGUAUGGAGCCCGAGCUGUGCAAAUUAUGCCCUUCAAAAGGUAGUUGAGGAGUAUCGCAACAUGUAUUCAGAAGAAGUACUGAACACAGUUCUUCGCAACUUUUAUGUGGACGACUGCCUGAAGUCUGCAAAUAGUGUUGAGUCUGCUAUAGUUUUAGCAAAGCAAGUUAAAGAGCUUCUGAAUAGAAGGGGAUUUCAUCUUACUAAAUAUAUUUCUUCAUCACCAGAACUGCUGAAGCAUAUACCAAAGGAGGACCGAGGAAAAUCUUUGAUAUCUCUGCAGUUGAAUUUGGAGGAUCAAUCCACGGAGAGAGCUCUAGGUAUGCUGUGGCAUGAUAUGUCAGUCCAUUCAUAUUACAGGCUAGGAGAAUAUUUCAGCAAUUGUGCAGACUACAAAAAGGCUGGGAUGAACCACUUCCCAUGGAACUGGAGGUUAGCUGAUUUGCCAGAGAUUAAAAGGUUUAAUGUUCCCAGAUGCUUUAAUCCAACAGCUUUAACUAUAAAAAAGGCUCAACUUCAUCAUUUUUCAGAUGCUUCUGAAUAUGGGUAUGGUGUUGCAUCAUACUUGAGAGUAACACUUGAGGAUAACUCUGUAUAUAUUAACUUGAUUAUGGUUAAGUCAUGUCUCGCACCCCUGAAAGGUUCUACAAUCCCAAGACUAGAACUAGCUGGAGCUCUAGAAGCUGUAAGGCUUGAUAAAAUUCUAACUAAAGAAUUGGAGAUACCUCUAGAAAUAUCAGUAUACUGGGUGGAUAGUCAAAUAGUACUAUGGUACUUGAACAGCUCAGAUAAACGUUUCCAAACAUAUGUAGCCAACAGAGUAGGUAAAAUUCUUGAUCACACUGAAGUCAGUCAGUGGAGGUAUGUACCUUCUGAAGAAAAUCCUGGAGAUGAUGCAUCUCGUGGAAUGUCUGCAUCAGAUUUGCUGAGGAAUGAUAGGUGGGUUCAUGGUCCAAAUUUCUUACAGUGUGAAGAACAUAAAUGGCCUGUGCAACCACUGUUUAGAUGUUCAGAAUUGGAAGAAUUCUUAGAACUGAAGGCAAGUCCAGUGGUUUGCAGUAAAAAAAGUAAUGCUGAUCAUACUUGUAAGUUACUAAACUACUACUCAUCGUGGUUUAAAAUGAAGAAAGCUGUGGCGUGGUACAUUAGACUUAAACAUUUCUUAAAAAGGAAACCAAGGUUGGGACCUAUAACAGUAAAAGAGUUCAAGGAAGCAGAGAGAAAUAUUAUUUUGUAUGUACAGAAGACUCUCCCAAAGGAACCUUUACAGUUAAAGAAGCUAAAUCCAAUCAAAGGAGAUGAUGAUUUGCUGAGAGUGGGAGGCAGAUUAACAAAUUCUCAACUUGAAGAAGAUGCAAAACACCCAGUGAUUCUUCCACAUGCCCACCAUAUUUCAAGAUUGAUUGUUGAAAGCUGUCACUUAAAUACUGGACAUGCUGGAGUGGAACGUGUAUUAGCUGAAAUCAGGAGAAAGUUCUGGAUUUUAAAAGGAAGGAAGUUAGUGAAAAGUGUAGUGUAUUCCUGUGUGACUUGCAAAAAUAUGUUUUGGUAA